AUAUGUACGAACAAAGAAACACUUCCGAUCCAAACCCAGCCAAUAAUGCGCUGUGGAAUUUAACGGGCCGCCCCGGGUCGCAUCAAAGUUCGAAUGCCGCAUCUCUUCCAACCUCUAUUCCGCAGAGCAUUUUCAGCAACCCCAGUGUACAGCCUUCGAGUGUGGUUAAUUUGUCGAAUUCAAGUGAUGUCGUGAUCGGGCCAAUGACCCAAUACCAAGGACCCGUGACAAUUUACCAAUACAUGGAUGCCACAGUGGAGGCCCGUUCGAUGCAGGCGAAUGGUGGUGGAAUAAAUCAAACAAGAAAUACCUCGAGUACAUCCGUGUCACAAAAAAUUACAACCACAUCGAAACUAUUAGUGGCUCUCAUUUCACUGGUAUUAAUUGUGGCUGCAAUUAUUAUUUACGUUGAACUGACACGCAAACCCCCCGAACCGCUGCGGGGCCCAAUAUUUUUUAGCAACAACUAUGAGCACGACACAUUUCCGAAUUUAGGAAACGGUCAUAUUGUGGUCGACCGAUUGCAGUGGGGCGCCUCGGAAUUGGCCAAUAAGCUGAAAGUGCCCUUGAAACAUCCCAUACCGUACGUGUUAAUCACCCACAUCGGAGUUCAGUCGACAUCUUGCUACACCAUAUAUAAAUGUUCCAUAAAAAUGCGCACCAUUCAAGACUCGGCCAUUGCCGAAAAAGGCCUCCCGGAUAUACAAUCUAAUUUUUAUGUUGGCUCCGAUGGUUAUGUCUACGUCGGUCGUGGCUGGAACUGGGCAAACACAUAUGCCAACAGUUCAUUGGCGAUCACUUUCAUGGGCGACUAUGGACGCUACGAACCGAACGAGAAACAGGUGGAGGCUACACAGUACUUGUUGGCAUACGGCCUGACCAAUAAAUUCAUUGACUUGAAUUAUAAAUUAGUGGCUCAAAAUCAGACAAAACAAACGAAGAGCCCCGGAGCCAAUGCAUACCGCAUCAUUAAGAAGUGGCCGCAUUUCUAUCCCUGCGGCAUGGACGAUAAUCCAAAAUGUGGCAGUGAACUGGGAUUACCUUAUCCAUGGGACGCUCAAAUGUGA